GUGAACUGUUUGCCUGUAUGUCCUACUGGUAGGAGCAUGCUAAAUACAGCGCCAGUACUGUCCAAGUUAAUUGUUUGAGGAGGUAUUGUAUAUGCCAAUCCAUUUUGCACAAGUGUCCAAUAGUCGCCCCAGAUGCUGGCUUCAUCUCAAUACAAUGGAGUGCUACUAUUUGACGAUGCCGUGCCCAAAGCUCAAAUCAAGUUAUCUACUGAAAGGAAAAGCUUGUCAAAGCAGAUUGGAGCUCUUGUACAAUCAAAUCUUGGGAAAACUGUGGCAAAAGAUCCAAGCAACCAACGUUUGAUCAAUGUGAUUAUCGUGCUGCUAAAUUUGGACCUCAAUACACAUGCCAAUGUUCUUUCAGGCUACAAAUUUUUCAGAUUGUACCAGCUUUCCAGUGAAGGCAAGAUGAUUACCUGCAAAGGUGAAUAUAAAAACAAACACAAGGAAAUUUCUUUAGUAGGCAUGGACAAUUACUCGAACACUACUUGCUAUCUAGAUUCCUUGAUUGUUGCACUAUUUUACUCAAACUCCUCAUUCGAUUUCCUACUCGACAAAACAAUAGAUCCUAAUUUAUCCUCCGAGUUCCAGCAACAGGUAGAAAGGAUGAAAACUGUUUUGCGAUUCAUAGUAAACUUACUUAGGGCCGGUGAACACAUAAAUACUAAUAUAAUGUAUCAACUAUUAGUGACAUUGGACUCCUUGGGUUGUGAUAUUGCCUUGAGCAGGAAGCAGCAGGAUGCUUUACAAAUCUUUGAAUUUCUUGCAGAAUCAUUAUCACUCCCACUAUUGACCUUGAAACUAGAUAUUAUUCAUACGGGAAAACUUAAUGUCAAUGAUGAUUUGAGGUUGAUCGGUGAAAGGUCUUUACUGAUUUCGAUAUCCUCUUCUGCUACAUCAAAUGAUAGCCCCAUUACGUUGGAAGAGUGUUUGAAUACGUAUUUCAACAACUCAAUUACCGUAAGAAGACAUAUUGAUCAGCAGUUAGGAUCCACGUCUGGCAACAAAAUUCGUUUCCAUAAUUCAGACGCCAUUUGUUCCUCAGGCGAAUCAUUAGCUCAAAAUAAGGAUGAAAUUAAUGAGUACGAAAAGUUAGGCAUUUUAACAUCAUCCUCAUCAUCCAAAACGUCAGUGCCCAUUCCAUCCUCAAUUUCGACCUCUUUAACACCAUCCAUAUCUGCUUUCUGGCCAAACACAUUACAAACACCGCUUCCGUCUUCCGAUGCAUCUAUUUCUGCCCCUGAUCAGUUACCAAUAACUCCACAACAGUCAUCGCAGGAUUCUUCUGUUUCUCCUACUGGGUCUCAACUCACUUCAACCAAAUCAAUCCUUACCAGGACACCAUCCAGUUCCAAAUCAAGAUCGGAUUUUGAGACGCCCACAGGUUCCCAAUCUAAGAAAUCUCUACCGAAUACCGGAUCGUCAAUCACUGAUCUCUCACCCGAUAACAACAACUUGACCGCAACUGAUUCUGCAACUUUGGAUUCUGUAAACUUGAUUGGAUCAUUUAGAAAUGUGACUGAGAAAUUGGAGAGACAAAGAACGAGGUCCUCGACUCUUGCAAGCGUUUUGAACAAUGUUCAAUCUAUCAAUCCCAAAAAGUUAACAAGAAGAUCAUCUUCAAUUUCAAAUACUGAGGUUUCCUUACCGGCAUGGAUGUAUCUCCAAUUAUUACCUUAUUAUACUGAUCCAGAAGUAAAACUCACUGUAGAAAACCACGAGGAGUAUUACCGUCGUCGUAUUUCACGUUCUAAAACUAUAGACUCUGCUCAAAACAUUCCUGUUGGAUUGCAAGACAAGACUUCAAGCGAUGAUUUAUUCCAUACAGAUGCAGAGUCAUAUUUUGGUAGAAGGUUUGCGAAUCGAAGGCCAAUGGUCCCUAUUUGCCUAAAACGUUACAUAUGGAAUGAAAGAGGUCAAUCUGUUAAAAUUCAAAGAAAAGUUACCAUUCCAGAAAUCAUUAAGUACCCUUAUUUUAUUGCCGAGGAUAAGAAGAAGCCUGGGUAUAUUGAUUUCAGACGUUCAUACGAUCAUCAAGCUCCUCGGGGAUCGUUUAUGCUUGUAUUACAGAGCUGUGUCUGUCAUCGAGGAAAUUCUACAAAUUCAGGUCAUUAUGUUAGUCUUGUAAGAAAGAGGCGGUUUGAUGUUUACCAUAUGGAUGCCAAUAAUGAAUGGUUGCUUUUCAACGAUAUAGAGAUAGGGAAAAAUAAGGCCCAGUCCUGUACAUUUAAAGAAGCUAUGGAUAAGGAGAACCCGUAUAUUUUAUUCUAUGAAAUUUAUGAAAUCAAAGAUGAUGGAUACCAAACACCUAUUGGUGCUAAAGAAUCGUAUUGGAACAGAAAGCAAAGUGUUAAUAGCGGAUUUAGCGGCUAUUCAGAACAAACACUUCAUGAGGAGCCCCAAGAAGAAAAUAAGUCUACGAAUUCUACGAAACACAUGAUGCAUCUAAGUUUAGCCGGUCUAACACUGAGUAAAAGUCGUUCAAAAAAUAUUGGUACUGAUAUGGAUGAUGUACUAGAUGAAUAUUUUUGGUAUGGGGCCUCUUCGGAUAGAAAUAACUCUAACUUCAAAUCAAACUACUCUUUGAAUACAAACAUCAGUGGGCGAAAAGAAGAAAGUAGUACUGAACAAGCAUCCUCUCACAGUGCAUCAUCUACCACUUCAAUUCCAUAUCCUGAAGAUGAGAGCGUACCUCAAGUACAUGUGAUGGAAGUCGAAGAAAGCACCUCAACAGAUAUAGACAACUCAUCAGAAUUUGAGAAUGGAAAGAUUGAAUACUCAGCAGGUUUUCUUGAUGAUAACAAUGAUAAAUUAAACAACUCUUUACCUUUUAACGAUGAUGACGUGGACUUUGCUAGAAAGAGACAAUUUUUGAAAGUGAGCAGUGGAAUUGCUUCUAACGAAGCAGCCAUUGGCUCUAGGGCUGGGUUGUACACAUCCAUCAGUCAUCGUGAGCAAAAAAGUAAUUUGCUCGAUGUUAAACUCACACAAAGCCAUAAAAGUGUGGGGACAGUCAAUACAGGAAAAACUGUUCAUAAUGAUGAGCCAAGCGGCCAAAGUAUUUCAGACGGAGCUGUCAAUGCUGCUGCUGCUACUAUGACUGCAAAAACAACAAAGAAAAAAUCUUCCCUUGCCAGAAAAGGAACAGUAAAAAAACUGUUUAAAAAAGUAUUCAGCUGAUCUGUACUUAUGUAAAAGUUAAAUAACAUUAGAUAAAUAAAACAUCUCAUUGCAAUACCAUCA